AUGGACGUUACUGUCCGAGAGCUCAUGGAGCUCUUUCUGCAGAGCCCGCUGGUGGCGGGGGUGAAAACUUUGAGCCCAGUCGCCAGCGGCAACGGUGAACACCUGUACAUGCACUUGGUGGAUGGCAUCUUGUUAAACCAAGUCAUGUCGGAAAUAGACCCCAGGCCUAAUCAGCGCUUCCACCAGCACGUGAACAACGAUGUGAACCUCCGCAUUGAGAACUUGACCAUCUUGGUCAGACACAUUGAGAACUUCUACCAGCGUGACCCUUUUAGCGGACAAAGUAUGGAGGAAAUGGAGAAGAUGCUGGUGCUGGUGCUGGGCUGUGCUGUCCAAUGCGACAGGAAAGGGGAGUUUAUUGAAAAAAUACAACAGCUUGACAUUGAGACCCAGGUCAGGAUCCUGGCUCAUAUCCAGCAGGUGACCCGCCACCAGGAGAGCCUGUUUGACAUGCAGAGGUUGGAGGUCCCAGACAUGGCCCUGGAGGAGCUGGAGUCUCUCUCCAGCAACACGACUUUUUGCCUCAGGAGGCUCGUAACUGAACGAGACAGUUGCAGGGAGCUGGUCGUGACCAUGACCCAGGAGUGGAACACCAGCAGCCGCCCCAGCGAGGACACGCAACACCUGGCCGUGGAGCUGGCGGACACCAAGGCCACGCUGCGUGGCGUCAGGCAGGAGCUGGAGGAGAAUACGAAGCAGCUGGCGGACGCCAGGCAUCAGUUGUACCAGCUGGUGCUGGAGCUGCAGGAGGCCCGGCGCAAUAACAUGGAGCUGGCAGCCAGCGCCCAGGCUGCCCGUGCCCCCCUCCCUGAGCUGGACUCCCUGAGGGAGAAGGCGAGGCGCGUGGAGAGGCUGGAGAUGGGCCUCAGGCAGAAGCAGAAAGACAUAGACUUCUAUGCAGCCCGCAUGAAGGAGCUAAUUGAAGACAACUACACCUUAAUGGACAUCAAGGGCCUUCUCCAGGAGCAGCUGACUGUCGCUCGGUCCCGGGUCGAUAAGCUGUAUCAGCUUGAAGAGGAGAACAUGCAGCUGAAAUCAAAGCUGCACCACCUACAUUUGGCCCGGGACACAGACCAGCAACACCUUGAGGAGCUGUGGGAAGAGAACUUGGCCCUCAAGGCUGCACAGGGGCAGAGUGUGGAGGAGUCCACCCACCUGCGCUGGGAGCUGGAGCAGCUGUCAGAGGGUAGGCAGCAGCCGAUGGGUGCCAACAAAGGAUGGCUGUUCUUCUCGCCCUUGUCUUAUCCAAAGAUACCCAUUACUCUGCUUCUUGGGGUGCUCAUGAGCAGCCCUAUUAGCACCUCCAGUUGCUUCCUGAAGCUAGACCAGGAGAAGCAGAGCCUCCAGGGCACCAUCCAGGGGCUGCGGGACGCCUCCCUGGCCCUGCAGGAGAGCAGCCUCCAGCGCCAGGAGCUGGAGAAGGAGAACCAGCAGCUCAGAAAGCAGAUUGAAGACUUGCGAGUCCAGGUGGAAAGAGAAAAGCAGACCAGUCAGGAUCUGGAGACCCUCAGUGAGGAGCUGAUGGAGGAGAGAGAACAGCUGCUCCAUGACAUAGAGACCCUGAAGGCUGAGAAAGCCAAGGAGAUCAAGGAUCUUGAACAAGUGGUGCGUUCGCUGCGGGAGCAUUCACAGGCCAGCAGUGAGGCCUGCGUGCAGGACAUCGAGAAUGAGAGCAAAGUCCUCCACCAGACUGUGAUGGAGACCAGCAGCAGAGUCAGCAAGCUGGAGCGGGAGCGGCAGCAGCUGCACCAGGACCUGGAGCAGGUGAAGGAGCAGGCGACGCGGGCGCAGGAGCUGGAGCAGGAGCUGCACCGGCUGCAGGAGGAGAACGAGAUGCUGGCCAUGGAGGUCAGCGCCCUGAGGACAGCCCCCGAGAGGGUCCACGCCCUGGAGCGGGAGAGCCCGGACCUGUUGCUGGAGAACCAGAGGCUGCAGACGUCUCUGGACACCCUGCAGCCCGAGGGUCUGGAGCGGGACAAGCAGCUGGACACCAGGGUGGAAAAUUCCACUCUGAGCUCCCAGAGCGCCUCGCUCACUGCGCUCACAGAGCAGAACAUGCAGCUCCAGCACCAGCAGCUGGUGGCAGCCCACGAGGCCCUGCAGCGGGAACACGUGUGCCUGGGUGCGCUCCAUGAGCACCUGUCUGGGGAACAUGAGGCCCUCAUGGAUGAGUACAGCCGCCAGAAGACACUGCUGCGACGGACCCUGGAGCUGGAGAGCAAAGCUCUCAGUGACAGAUACAAGGAUCAGCUCCAACAUAAGGCGGCGCAGGAGCAGCUGGGGACGAUCUUGACCACCGAGCAGGAGGCUCUGCAGCAGGAGCAGAGGACGAGCGCCAUGGCCGCCGAGGAGAACCAGAGGCUGCAGAGAGAGCUGGACAGGGCCAAUUCCCUGCACCAGCAGCUGAAGGGGGAGCAUGAAGAGCUGCAGACCCACAACAAGAAGCUGCAGACCUCCCUGAACGACACCCAGCUGGAGGUGAACCGCUGGCAGGCCCUGUACGAGGGACUGAAGGGGGAGCAUGAAGACACGGACAUCUCGCUGAUUGAGCAGGACAACCACUGCCAGCUGCUCUCCCGCCUCAAGGGCAACUUGGAGGGAGAAAAACGUGACCUGCAGAGCCAAAUCCAAAGGCUGAAAGAGCAGAACCAGAGGCUUUUCCAGGAGGAUGUGGAGAACAAGGACCAGCUCCACGAGGAGCAGCAGCAGUACGUAGACAAAUUAAAUGCCUUACAGAGACAAAAUGAAAAACUGGAAGAAAAAAGCAUGGCUCAGCACAACUUCCAUGAUCCAGCGCCAAAGAAGAAAAAGCACUGGAUUGGAGCUAAAUUCUUACUCAAACUCAUCAAACUAAAGAAAGGCGGUUCCAGAGAACGACGAAAGUCAACCCCAGAGAGCCCUCCCUGCCUUCUGGGGUCCUCAGACCAGGCCUCGCCCAGUACUUCUCAGCCUCUUCAAUUGCAGCUGGAGCCCCUCGAGGCCACCCCAUGCUGCUCAAAGGGGACAGAAGAGCAAGACACCUGCAGGGGGCCCAGGGGAAAAGGCCCUGGGGACCUAAUACCAAAGGGAGUGGCCCCACCCAGAGGCAGCCUUGACCGCAUUCCAGGAGAUGCCUCCGCUGACCCAGCCACCAAGCCCCGGCCAUCAGAGCUGGGCUCCGGGGCCUGUUCAUCCUCAGCCAUCACUACAGCUCCUUCCAGCUCCACCUCCACCUCCCGGCACCCAGGCCGCACCCACGGUGAGUCACGGGUCCCUCCAGAACCAAGAGGGAUGAGCAUCUCGGCCCGAGGUCCUUCCCAAAGACCCCGGCUCACAGGGGCAGGAGGUGCCUCUCAGACUGAGAGGUGGUCAGCAGGUGGGUGA